AUGGCUUCCACAAUCUCUCGCAGACUUGCAUCCAAGAUCCUGAACCCUUCUUCCUCCCCUGCUCUCUUUUCACUAUACCCCACCUCCUACCGUCUUAUCCCUGAUGAUUCCCAUCGAUCCUUCUCAAACUCUACCCCCAAUUUCACUACUUUCAAUCUCCCAUCAUCGUUUCCCACAAUACCAGUUGGCACUAGUCACAGUUUAAUUAGAUCAAAUACCAGUUUCAACGCUAGUUUCAAAAUCCAAUCGCUAAACCCUAAUCUUUAUCAAAGCCCCAAGUUUUUGUCAACCUCCACUCAGCAAUCUGAUCCUGAAGAAACCCAAAAACCUAACGAGAAUCCAAGCCAAACCCUUGACGGAUUCAAGCACCAAGAGAUCACUGGACCUACUGUGGAACGCGAUGUUUCUGCACUUGCUAAUGAGACACGCCAAGUGCUCGAUCAAAUGACAAAGACAAUUUACACCCUUAGCAAAAGUUUAGCUCUUUUGGGUCUGUUUCAGUUGGGUCUAGGCGCUUGGAUUUCGUAUGUUACCAAGUCGACUCCUAUCCCAGAAGUAUCUGUGCAGAGCUGCUUGGCAUUUGGGUUACCAUUUUCGUUGUCAUUCAUGCUUCGGAGGUCAUUGAAGCCAAUGAGUUUCUUCAGGAAAAUGGAGGAGCAAGUCUUUGAGGUGACAUGUUUGGAGUUUAGACGAACAAAAGACUUGAGUUUCAAGCCGGGUAAUGACUAUGUGUGGGGUUUUUAUCCUCCUGUAAUGGGUUUUUUUUUAUCCAGGAGAGCUCUAAUGGUAAUAGAAUACAUCCAUGAAGAAGAAAGUUACACAAAGGAUAUCACAUCCAAUGAUUGA